AUGAAUAAUAUUUGCAGGGAGUAUAAAUUCGGAAGUAUUCCUUCUGCUCCUGGGUUGACUUCUCAGUUGAAGAAGCAUGCCAGGUCAUUGAAAUUAGGCAGAUGUAUUAUAUCACCUUUUACUCAGAUCCCAAAGGUUAAGAACAAGGUUUUAAUUUUUGAUAAAAUUGACCCAAAGGAAGAAAGUUUCAAAAAAGCAGAACAAAUGUUUAGAAAUGUGUUAUCUAACAACCAGAGGGAAGAUUUUGAAAGAAAGCUUUCAGAUGUAUUAAAGACAAACAAGAAUAGAACUCGAAGGGCAAGAAAUAGUAUGAGCACAACUCCUUUCUUGCCUAAUGAAAUUAUCCAAAAGUGCCAGAAUUAUAUUAAAAGAUCAAGUCGAUCUUCUUACAGACCCAAGACUAGUAGACAUGAAGCCAGCUUAGAUGUUCCCAACAAUUUAGAUAUCAAGAUUUCCAGAAGGACAAGACUCCGGUUUGGUUCUAGGGAAUAUCACAAUUUUCGAGUAUGAAAAGACGAUCUAUUGACUCAUUUUUAAAAAAAGUAUGAAACCACUGGAGCAAGAUAAUAUCCCACAAAUUUCAGAAGAAAAAGGUCAAGAAAAGCAAGAAUGGAGAGCUGUGACUUCUAUUAAUUUCAUAACUCUCGAGGAUUUUAAAUAGACCUGUGCAGACUCAGAGAGAUAAGGAGUAUUUGGAUAUAAUUAAAAGCAGAAAGUCAAGACAAAAGGAACUUACCCAAGCCCCAGAAUAUAGUUUGAAUAUCAAUACAAAUUGUGAUAGCGCUCAAGGGUUUAGGAAUAUUACAUUGAAAUAAGUUACUCAGAAAUAAGGAUUUUAAGGCAGAAAAGGUUCGUAAAAAGCAGCGUAAAUAGAAUUCAAAGGACUAAAAAGAGAGUUCAGGCAAAAUUAGUCCCUACUACUACAGGAGGGUUUGGAAUCAAAGCAAGUAGAGAUUUAAUUGAAAGUAUGAAGGUGACCAUUAGGAAUAGAUCGUAUCGCCCAAAAUCAAGGAAUAAAAUAUAGUAGCCUAUAUUUCAAUUAUUUACC